AUGAAGAUUCUUAAAUUUUUAUUAAGUGUCUUGAUUGUUGACGCAGCUAUUUGUAUAGCUAAGUUAAUCCAUAUAACAUUAACGGACGACAAACUCUCAACAAGUAUCUGCAAAAUCGCAAACGAUAUUACGCAUUCGAAAGUUGAGACUCAAAACGUAUUACUAGGAACCUUAGGAGGCAAAGCUAUGUCUUUAGAAGUUCAAGACAUCACUCAAUGUGUUGCUGAUGAAAAUCCUGUUGUUGUUUUGUCAACUUUUCAUACCAAAAUUCUAGAAAGGAAGUUGUGGAAAGUAUCAGUCAUCAUAUUGAUUUUUGACAGCAUUAAUGAGAACAUAGUCACAAAUCUAAUUGACAGUCAACUUAACUCAGCAGUUUUUCAUCAUGAAGCUAAAGUCCUUUGUAUCAUGCCUAAAUCAUUGACAAUACAGCACAGAACCAAAGGUUUAGAAACAUUCACAAAAUUAGGAUUUUUACAGGUUGCGAUGGUUCACAUGACGCCAUCUAGUGAUAUAAUUUAUGAGAUUCUGUAUUCGCUUGCGUAUGAAGGCAAAAUAAUCAAGAAUCCAGAUGAUUCAACAUUAAUUUUUCCAGAUAAGUUGAAGAAUUUAAAAGGUUAUGAGUACAGAGUGCCACUUUAUUACCAGCCACCACUUAUCACUAACCAUAGAAUUGCAACACCUUUACAGUAUUUCCUUAAAGCCAUCGCCCUCGUCCAAAAUGCACGAUUUAAGAUCCUUCUUAUGGAAAAUUCAUCACAAUUUAUAACUUUAUGGGGUAGACGUCAAAUGGACCUGACACUGAACACAGCUAUAGCAGUCAAAUUACCUUCACGUAGACUGUUUAUAUACGAUAAGAAGAGCUACUGUGCUUUAGUUCCAAUUCCACAAAAAGCUGCAUUAUUUGACUUAAUCUUCAUCAAACCAUUCGAUGGACUCACUUGGAUGGUUUUUAUUGUUGCAAUUAUUAGUACUGUUGCUGUUUGGAAAUUAUUUCAUGAUCGUGGUGCUGUCGACUCUCACUGGCGACUUGCUGCUGGCAUUUUUAAAAUGUUUAUUCGUCAAGGAGCUGCUUUUUCUCAUCGAAAUCGUUUUGUUCUUGCUGUUUUGCUUAACAUCAUCUGCUGCUCUGUAUUCAUCCUUAGUAAUUUGUAUGAAGGUGUCAUCACGUCAUUUAUGAUUGAACCAGCUCAUGAAGGUAGACUCAAAACUGUGGACGAGCUAGUAGCAUCAAGUUAUGAACUAACUGCUGACAAUGGAUUCGAAUCAGGACUAAAAGAUUCCUAUUUUCUUGAAGACAUUAAGCCAAGACUCAACUUGUCAGGAGUAACAAUGGGAGAUGAAGACGAUAAAUAUGUCAUUGAGCAGCGUUAUGUGUUUAUUAGGACUUGUGAUGUUGCUAGAAUCUCUCUAGCUUCAAAGCUUAAAAAUGGCAAAUUUGUGUCUGAUUACUUUUAUCUCCUGCAAGAGGAACUAACAUGGAAGUUUAUCGAGUUGGAAGCAAGCUACUUAAAUCCAUUCAUCACUCGUCUUCAGUAUUACAUGGAUUUGUCAUUUCAAGCUGGACUGCCUCACAUGUGGAACGUGUUUGUAUCAACUGGCUACUCAGAUGUGCUGAAUACUCAAACUCGAGAUGAAAAGGAUUAUUUAAAGAUUGUUGAUUUAAUUCCUGUUUUUGUAAUUUUAUUGAUUGGAUGUGGAUUGUCAGCUGUUGUUUUGAUGCUUGAAAUUUUUUUUAAGGAUUUCCUAACGAAUUUUAAUGUAACUGAUUGCUGUUGCUCUUGUUGGAAUUUCAUGGGCGUCCAAAAUAGAAUUAGCAAUCCUAAAGUACAAAGAAUCACUGUUAAACCUCGAAUGCAUAAUUAG